AUGGCAAAGAUAGAGAGAGAGGAAGGGAAAAGAGGAAAAGAGGGUACAGUAUUUUGGGUAAUUAUUUUGAUCUGGUGUUGUUUUGUAAUCUCACACUCUCGCAUUGGAGAAAAUUCAAGUAUUUGGUUGAAAUUAGUGUCACCCCCCAAAAAAAAAUCUAUCACAGUGAUGUCCGGAAGCUAUUGGACAUCCACCCAACGUUUGAAAUGGCAGCAUAGUAAAGCCAGUUUGGCUAGAGAGAGGCAGAAAUUGUGGAUCUUGGAAAGCCAGUUGUUCCCACAGGGGCUGAGUAUUGUAAUGACUACGAAAAGUAAGGAUGCCCAGGGAACCGUGCUGACGACCACCAAAAAUAUCCCUAUCAUGCAUAGAGAUUUGCACUACGACAAAGAUUACAACCUGCGGAUAUAUUGCUACUUCCUGAUUAUGAAACUUGGGAGAAGGCUAAAUAUCAGGCAGAUAACUUUAGCAACAGCACAUAUAUACCUGUCGAGGUUUCUGCUGAAGGCAUCCGUCAGGGAGGUAAACCUAUACUUGCUAGUCACCACAUGCGUUUACCUCGCUUGCAAAGUGGAGGAAUGUCCGCAAUACAUUAGAAAUCUGGUCACCGAGGCAAGGUCCCUGUGGCCCGAAUUCGUACCACCAGAUCCAACUAAAGUCACAGAAUUCGAGUUCUAUCUGAUAGAGGAACUACAAAGCUAUCUGAUAGUGCACAAUCCUUACAAGUCGAUGUUACAAAUCACCAAAGUUUUGAAGGAACCGCCUUAUAACAUCAAUUUCUUCAACGAGGACAUACAGAACUGUUGGUCGCUGAUCAAUGACUCGUACAUUAAUGAUGUUCAUCUGAUAUACCCACCGCACAUUAUCGCAAUGGCAUGCAUGUUCAUUACAGUGUCCAUCCAAAAUGGCAAGUCGGUAGACAGUUUAAAGCAACAGGAUGCGUCAGCAGAACUGACCCCAACGCAAGAAUCAUUCAACAGAUUCAUUGCAGAAUCACAAGUUGACCUGGAGGAACUAAUGGACACGAUCCAGCAGCAGAUCACAUUGUAUGAUCACUGGGACAAGUACCACGAACCGUGGAUAAAGUUUCUCCUCCACACGCUGUAUCUACAGCCGCAAGCUGCUACCCCGAAACUGGGGAAUAACUCAGCGACCCCAUCUUCGGGCAAUUCAGUCACAGGGUCGACUACUCCCUCACUGGCCAACCCGAUGCACCAGGGUACCGUUUCCAACGGUCCCACCGUCUCUGGAGUCACGGCUAAUGGCAAUUUGAAGGCCGGCACGUGA